AUGUUGAACCCAAGAAAGCUCAGAGUGAUUGGGUUGGCAGUGUUUUCAAUACUCUUGUUGGUAUUGCUCUUCCAUACGCACAGCUCAAAAGUGGGCGACAGUGUUGCUAACGUCCAGACUUUGGUGACUUCCAACAACUUGGUUGAGUCGACAAACGACGAGAAGCUCGACGCUGCAAUCAACAGUGAGAUCUCCAAACUCGGGAAGGAAAAUGAAGAAAGUGAAGAUGAAGCUACUGCAAAGGAUGCUGUUGCUAAGGGGUCUGGAUCAGGAUCGGCUGGCAGUGCCAAAGUAGGAGGUGUUGGCACAGGAGACGCGCCAAACAGUAAGAACCAAGCUGCUAUCACUGAGGAAGAUGGAUCGUUCGACCCAGUGCAAGAGUUACUCUCUAUCAGAGCGUUGGCACCCAUGGUUGUGUUCUCCAAGACGUUUUGCCCAUAUUCCAAGAAAUUGAAGAAGCUCCUUAAGGAGAAUUAUCAAAUCACACCGGUACCAGCGUUUGUUGAAUUGGACAAGCACAAGCACGGUGCCGAGUUACAAAAGUACUUGGGACAAAUCACAGAGAGAAAGACCGUUCCAAACGUUCUUGUUGGCAGUUCUAGUAUUAGUAGGGGAGGAGCUGAUGAUUUUGUGAAAUUGCAUGAAGAUGGUACUUUGAUCGAUUUAUUGAAGCAGUGGGGCAGCAAGGGAUUGGACGUGAAGAGAGUUGAAGCUCCUUCAAACGUUUGA